ACUAUGUUAAUUCAAUCAGUUCCUGUUUCUUAUUCUGAUGAUAAAUACACUCUUACCCCGGAAGAUCUCCUGAAUUCAUCUCCCUUAUUAAUUUACUCAGCUUUUGUAAUACCAAAUUCUUAUAUUCCUGAUAAUAAAGGGGGUCAGAAAAGUUUUAUGAAAGUGUCUUUACAAGAAGAUUUCGAUACAGAACUUGAUAAUAUUAAAGAAAAAUAUGCUACAUUAUCUCACUUGCCUCAAAAAAGACAAAGAAUUAAUAUGCAAAAUUCUUCUCUUAACAAACCUUCAAGCGAUAAAACUACAUCCCUAGGUUUUGCCGAAGUCACUUCGCAGAUUCAAAAAGAAACUUCUUCCACCAAAUCUCCUCCUUUACAAUCUACUUCGCAGGCUAUUAGUACAGAACCUAACACUGAAACUCCUAUUCACCUUGUGCCUCAUGUAAAUGAAAAUACAACAUUUACUGAUGAUAAUGAUUCUACCAAACUCGCACAUACUAAUACUCCUGUUCCUCAAAAUAAAAAAUUUAAUUAUAAUAGAAAGUGUUUAAGGCUGCUUUUACCUGCAAAAAAAUAG